AUGGCAGUCUCAAUCUUCACCUCCCCACCCCUAAUAAUAACCCUCUCCCUAGCCCUCCGCGCCACCCUCCUAAUCUACGGCUUCUGGCAAGACGCCGUCUCCCCCGUCAAAUACACCGACAUCGACUACCUAGUCUUCACCGACGCUGCACGCUACGUCUCUCAGGGCCUAUCGCCCUACUCGCGCGACACCUACCGCUACACGCCACUCCUAGCAUGGCUCCUCGUCCCCACGACCUGGAACGUAGCCGGAUUCUCGCUGUUCUCGUUCGGGAAGGUCCUGUUUGCUGCUGCGGAUGUGGUGGCUGGGUGGUUGGUUGCUAAGUGUUUAAGAACGCAUUAUGGGAUGGAUACGGGGAGGGCGAUGAAGUUUGCGUGUGUGUGGUUGUUGAAUCCGAUGGUUGCGAAUAUUAGUACGAGGGGGAGUUCGGAGGGGUUAUUGGGGGUUCUUGUUGCGGGGGUUUUGUGGGCGGCGUUGAGUAGGAGGGUUGUGGUUGCGGGGGUAUUGUUGGGGGUGGGAGUGCAUUUUAAGAUUUAUCCGUUUGUUUAUGGGGUGUCGAUUCUGUGGUGGUUGGGCGCCUCCACGUCCUCCAAGGACAGCGACAACGACAAGGGCAGCAACGGCAAAGAGAAAACGACACUACAGUCCAUUACCGGCUUCAUCACCCACUCCCGCAUCCUCCUAACCCUCACAGCCCUGACAACCUUCCUCGCCCUAAACAUAACCAUGUACACCCUCUACGGCACCCCCUUCCUCCAACACACCUACCUCCACCACCUCACCCGCAUCGACCACCGCCACAACUUCUCCCCCUAUAGCACGCUGCUCUAUCUCGCCUCCGUGGACGGCGGACACGGGUACGGGUAUAGAUUCGAGUCGUUGGCGUUUAUCCCGCAGAUUCUGCUUUCUGUGGCUGUGAUUCCGGUGGUGCUGGCGAAGAGGGAUUUGGCGGGGGCCAUGCUUGCGCAGACGUUUGCGUUUGUGGGGUUUAAUAAGGUUUGUACGAGUCAGUAUUUCCUGUGGUACCUUAUCUUCCUCCCGUUCUACCUACCAAACUCGUCUCUGUUGAGGAAACCCCGACUGGGGCUAUCAGUUGCUGCGUUGUGGGUUAUUGCUCAGGCACUCUGGCUCCACCAAGGUUUCCGUCUCGAAUUCCUCGGGGUAUCCAGCUUCGUACCAGGAUUAUUCCUAGCAGGCUUGUUUUUCUACGUCGUUAACUGCUGGAUUCUAGGAAUCCUGGUCCAGGAUGUUGGGGGAUUAUCAGCGCAAGAGCAGGUUGCGAAAUAG